AUGCCGCCGACACCACCACCACCAGACUGGCCAAUCCCAACGUUCACACUUCGAGUGGAGGACGUAGCACACCCGGGGGCAAUAAUAUUCUUUCAGUGCAUCCAACCAGCCGUCGACCUCCGUGGCGCAGUCCUCAACAGCUUCAAGUGGUUGUACACACCAGAUAACGUCCCAACCAAGUCAGUCACCUCCGUGAAAUCCAUUCUGUUGGUGUUACGCUCCAUGCCUGGCGUGGCACAUACAUUUGGCAGCUCCACGCACAAGGAGAUACAUUUCUCCCUUGAGCAUAUCAACAACUGUGCUUCUCGUGCCAGGGAGGAGAUCUUAGGGGUGCUCACACACGAAGUGGUGCAUUGUUACCAGUACAACGCGAAGGGUCAAUGCCCUGGAGGCCUGAUCGAGGGCGUCGCAGACUGGGUCCGUCUGCAGGCAGGUCUGGGGCCCCCACAUUGGAAGAGAUCACCAGGUGAUAAAUGGGACGCUGGUUACGAAGCAACGGCCUACUUCCUCGAGUGGAUCGAGGGUCGCUAUGGUCAUGGCACAAUCCAAGAGCUGAACGAGAGCAUGAAAGAUGUGGAAUACGACGAGAGGAUGUUCAAAGCAGCAACGGGCCGCAGGGUUGCUAAACUCUGGAGGCUGUAUGUGAACAGUAAUUAA